AUGGCCCCAGCUUAUGAUGAUAGCCUCGACAAUUGGAUAGACAAGGUCAAGUCGCAGGGGUCUGUUCCCCUCCUCGACCCAGACAACUGUUCCAACGGAUGGGCGUCUCCGCCCGGAGACAAAUUCAAGGUCAGAGGCCCUGAUUAUCUCUCUUCCAGAAAGAAGAUCCCCGGCGGCGACUACCUCCUGAAGUCCCUUGGAUUCGACUGGAUAAGAAGCGGGUCUAAGAUCGGAGAAGUCCUGAGCCACGAACAUGGGCGCGUCAGAAAGGCUCUUCUCGACGCUGAGCUCGCCGGCAGUGUUACCAAGCCCUUCGUAUGGGCCUUCAAUCUGCAACUCCCCUCUAAUGUUAACUAUAGCCUCAUCUCCUACUUCGUCUCGACUGAGCCCAUAGCAGAGGGGUCGCUCAUGGACCGGUUCCUGAAGGGCGACGACGAGUUCAGGAACUCCAGGCUGAAAAUGAUAGCCAACGUCGUCAAGGGGCCGUGGAUUGUGAGGGCCGCCGUGGGCGAGCAGGCCGUCUCCAUCCUCGGUCGAGCUACUACAUGCAGGUACAUCACGGGGAAGAACUUCAUCGAAUUGGACGUGGACGUAGGCAUUUCCAUGGUCGGCAGAGCCGUUGUUCGAUUGGCAUUCGGCUACAUCCAGACGCUGACGGUGGAUCUCGCGUUCCUGAUCGAGGGCCAGGCCGAAUCGGAGCUCCCCGAGGAGAUCCUCGGAGCCGUCAGGUUCUCGGAGCUGAAUCCGGAUUCCGCUGGCUUCUUUCUUGAGCUGCCUUCCCAUGAGGAUGAGACUAGAAAUUCGCAGUCCUCACUUUCCUCGAGGGUUUGGAAGUCCAUCGGACAAGGGUUCUCUCAUCUCCUCCACCCCAGCGGUCAGGGUCACUCGUCUGUCCCUGAACGCGUCAACGGUCGCGUUCACGAAGCAGAAUUUAGCGUGAGAGAAGACGGCAGUCCGGAAGAAGAGACCAGAAAGUAG